GCGAAGUAGGGAAAGAGAUUAGGGAAAAUCAUGCUAAAUGGAGGGAGUUUUUAUCAAGUGAAGAACUAGAGAAAUCUUACAUUGAUGUCUUUGUUCAGGAGUUGCAUGCCUUGUACAAUGAAGGCUCUAAAAAGUCCGAGUAAUGCUCUUAAAUUGCACGGCUUGUACUAAAAUUCAUCUUGAUGAUGUCUACAAACUGACAGAUGGCAAACGAGAACAAAUAUGUUAAUGGAAAAGCAACAUCUUUUUUGUACAGAGCUUAGCCCACCAUGACCGAUCAGCAAAAUCGCCAAACCUCUCAAAACCUUCCUCCUCCUUCAUCUAAACUAUCCUCCGAAACCAGCAACGGCAACACCAGCUAUUCGGGUCAAAAGAUUCGGUACCCGAACCCAGCGGAAACAUCAAACCCCGACCCGGCGAUCCUUCGAGAGCAAUGGAGGUUCGCUAUCAAGCAGUACAGUAGAUGGUACUCUCACGCUUGGGGCACGGCAAUUUUCGCGGGUUUGUCAUUCUAUGCUCUUGGUUGGAUUAUAAAGGGCUCCAAUCCUCUCCCCUCUUUCAAAAGUGAUGAUUCGCAUGCUCCUUCCGAUGAACCUGAUAAUUCAAAGUGAGCUUGCCUCAUUCACGAUUCUUCGAUGUGGGUAAGUUGAAUUCCUCAAUUGUUAGGGUUUUAUGUUGAUUGAACUUCUGGAAUUUAUUUGCAGUAGUUCAGGUUUUGUAAAUUUGAUUGUAUGAAUUAUUAAGUAAUAUUACUCACUGACCCAUCAAUUUAUGGUACUGGAAACUUUGGUGCUAAUUACUUUUGUCCCAUCAUUUCCUGCUGUAUGGUAGAUUAUCAUUCUGAUAAUCAUUUUUAAAGGAUGAAAAUUAACCUAUAAAUAUCUGUGAUUUCUGUGAUUCUAGUAUUUGCAUUUCAGGCUGCCACCGACGAGAAGAUACAGCUUUACUUCCUGAGUCUGACUACCGACAUUUCAGCUGCUUUUGGUGCACAGUGUUCCAGAAAUGUAAUAUCAUAACAGUUGUCAAGUAAUUUGUUUUUCUUUUCUUUUGGUGGAAAAUGUAGUGUUUGUUAUCCUCUGUUUAGUUUGUUCUCAAAGAAUGGUAAUGGCUGAGCCAUUUUUUUUAUUGUGAAUAUUUCUUUGGUUCAGGGAAGUUUGCUGAGGUAUUCUACAUGGUGAAAGAUGCAUGGUCAAAAUCUUGCAGCAAAUGGGAUGACUAGAGAGAAGAACAUCAUUAGAGAUUGAGAAAUAAAAUUGAAAUCUCCGUCCAAAAUGGUUCCAGGAUGAUUAUUUUUUAAAUCUUUAAAGUGAAAGUAAGAUUUUUUACAUUGGAUCCAUAAGACAGAUUCAUUUACAUUCAAUCAUAGUAAUGAAAGUGAUUGAGAUUGUAAAGCGAAGGGUAUCAUUAAUAAGGUUAAUGAAUGCAUCAGUUGUUGACAUUUGAGAA